GACUCCGCUGGGACGUCGGUGCGUCGUGACGUCAGACGUCGCGCAAGAGGGUGGUUCGGCCCGGGCUCCGUCGGUGUCUUCGUCGGGAAGAGGUGUUGGUAUGGUCGCCUGAUCCGAGUGUUGCCCGGUUGGCUGUUUUGACAGGUCUGUUUACAGAAAUCUCAAGAGGCACUCGGACCCACCGAUGAUACCCCUAUAAAGACCGACUAUACAGAUGGCUGGCUGCAGUGAAGUUGACCUCACCAUGAACACGCUCCCCUCAGGCCAGAAAGGUGGCAACGAGGUGUGCUCAGGUGCCCCCAUCCUGCCUGUCCCUGAGUGCGCCAUCUGCCUGCAGACCUGCAUCCAUCCGGUGCGGCUGCCCUGUAAGCACAUCUUCUGCUUCCUGUGCGUCAAGGGUGCCUCCUGGCAGAGCAAGCGGUGCGCCCUCUGCAGGCAGGAGGUCCCCGAGGACUUCCUGGAGCGGCCGACGCUCCUGUCGCCGGAGGAGCUGAAGAACGUGGGCCAGGGCCACGGCGAGCACGCCUGGUACUACGAGGGCCGCAACGGCUGGUGGCAGUAUGAUGAGCGCAGCAGCCGCGAGCUGGAGGACGCGUACACCAAGGGCAAGAAGAGCACAGAGAUGCUGAUCGCUGGCUUCCUGUACGUCGCUGACCUGGAGAACAUGGUGCAGUACCGCCGUAAUGAGCAUGGGCGGCGCCGCAGGAUGAAACGUGAUGCCGCCGACAUCCCCAAGAAGGGUGUGGCCGGGUUGCGGCUGGACGCCGAGGGCACGCGCGAGAGCUCCGCCGACGGAGCAGACACGACGGGCCUUCAUGGUGCCACCAUCAUGGCUGGAUCUGUACCCCUAAGACCCCCCACCGCCCUUGGGGGUCAGCCUGAGGAUUCCCCCAUAUCCUGGCUUGACACAGGCCCCUCGCUGGAGAGCUCUUUUGCCCAGCUUCAGAUCUCCGACCCGGGGGAACUAGAGCGAGUCAGGAGUGCAGAGGGGGAGGGGGAUGAGGACACAACCUCCCCGUCCCGAGGGCCGGAUCGCCCGGACACCGAGGAUGAAGAUGAGGAGGUGCAGGAGGAAGGCGUGCGGGCCAGACAGAGACUGAUGCUGAUGGCAAACUUGGAGAGAAGGCAUGUGAGGAGGAGCCAAGCAGAGAGGCCACCCCCUGGCGGUGAGUCUGCCAAUGGCAGUGAGAACUCAAGAAGACCUGAUGGCCAGUGUACAGUGACUGAGGUCUAAAAAAAAAAAAACAAUUCCAUGGCAGGCCACUGUCAACACUCGAGAAUCGGCCGUGUCGAAGGGCUGCCUGCGUCUGGCUUUCUGAAUGGCAAAAACAUUAAAGGUCUCCUUAAAGAAGUCCUGUUGGAAUUCGAUAUUUUAUUGCCUUGAAGCACUCCUUAUGCUAAGAGGUUUAACUGGAUUUUGGGAUUUAAUUUUCCGGCUGUUUGUCCCCAAAGGGCCCUGAUUGUUACUCAUGAUGUUAAUUGCUCACCUCCCUUUUAAAACCCUAAUAAAUGUUCUGAAUAGUUUCAUAA